AUGGCUUUCUCAAAGCAAGUGCUUGUUUAUUGUUGGAUAUCAAUUUUUUUGAUGCCUCUUACGACUUGUAAGGAUGAAUCAGAAGAAAGUGGACAUGAGAAAGAUGAUUAUGGCAGGAGAAUUCUGGAAAUUCAUGAGGGAAUAGCGUAUGAGUUUGUUCAGGAAUCCAUGCCAUGGGCUGAAGCCCAUGAGAGCUGUGAAAAACAAGGGGGACAUCUUCUAAGGGACUUGAAUGUUGAGAUUAAGGAGCUCGUACAAACCCAGUACACAGAAACUGGACCGUGGUGGGUCAGUCGGGAGUUGAUGUAUAAAAAUUCCAUCAGUCGAUUUGAACCUGUCAGUAAUGUCAGUAAAGAUCACUUAGCUUGCACCUAUAUGGUCAAAGAUCCAUUUCAGCUGGUGACCACACCCGACUGCAGCAUGAGCUUUAGCUCCCUCUGCACGCGAGUUUUAAAUACACAUCUGACAUCAAGUGAAGCAAACAAAAGGAGCCGCAGAAGUCUUACUGACACAUUGACGUCACUGGAAAACAACAUAGGAAACACUGUUGUGCUUUUGGAGAAUGCCAAAACAAUGUUGAAGGAUUUGGAGACAGCAACAGAAGUACUAUCAAAGGAAAAUAAGAUCAAAUACCUGCAAAACAUAUAUGGUCAUCUUCAAACGAAUGCUAUAAUGAAUCAAGUCCAGACUGAUGAAAUUAUGAACAGCACUACGGCCAUGCUUUUGUACUCACAAGAGUGUGAACCUGACAACAUGGAUGAUCUUGAGGAACUCAUCACUCUUGCCGGCUACAUUUACGGAAAGGCUCUGACUGAUAACGGUAACAUUGUCAAGGAGCUUCCAACAGGCACUAUUUAUGUCACAAGGCAAGAUUCAAGCACCCUGGGUGGAAAAAUCAUUGGCCCAAUAGAUGGAGGAUUUUGUCAACUUCCAUCUCUUACUGCAAUGACUGGACAGCUGCCUACAGGGAAUGUCAAUGUGCAGCUCUUCCAAUUUAAAGAGAAUCCAUUGGAAACCAAGUCCAACGAAAGCAUCACUGGAACAACUUGCAGCUUUACUUUGCAGAAUGGAAGCUCUACACUCAAAUUAGCAAAUCUUCCACAGAACAUUGAGAUAUAUCUGCCUCGGCCUGAAGCCCCUGAGCCUGAAGUUGUGGAUAUAACCUGGAAACCAGGGUUUACUAUCACCUCAACAUUCAACAUCUCAGAUGUGAAUAUGACUUUGGUUGUAACAGCACUGCCAAAUCGAAACGUAACUCUCCGUGUGACUUUGUACCCACCAGAGGAGGCAAACGCCACCUAUUUGAAUCAAAGCACUAUUAUAACCUACAAAGACAAUUAUCGCUGGCUGAUCACCCCUGAAAUGACAAAGGGAAUUGAGGGGGCCUGGAAGGUGGCGGUAUUACCAACUGAUUACUCCCCAAGUGAGUUGCUGACCUUUAAAGUCUCAGUUUUUGUAACCAAGUGCCUGUUUUGGGAUACCAACCUUGGAGCCUGGAGUAGAGAGGGCUGCAUGGUUGGUCCCAAUACAAUGCCGAACCUAACUCACUGUUUGUGCAACCACACAACAUUCUUUGGGAGCUCCUUCUUCGUGAUGCCCAACCAAGUUGAUUUGUCCCAGACGGCAGCUUUGUUUGCCACAGUAAAUGAGAACUAUAUAGUGGUGGUUUUACUCAGCUGCUUCUUUGCCCUCUUUCUGGUGGUUGUAAUGUGGGCCUGGUAUGCAGACCGCAAAGCUCUCAGAACGGUACAGUACUUGGACAGAAUCAUGGUGCAGGAUUUACAGACGCAGGAGGUCACAUACUUUCUGUGCUCCACCUGGCUGAGAGGUGAAAUAUGCAAGAGGACCUUCAACUCAGCUAACAUGAAUGAAGUUGCAAGCUUUGGCAAUAUCUUCCAGACCCGGACAUCUUCUGGCUUCCGGGAUGAGCACAUCUGGGUGUCGAUCGUGGACCCCCCACGGCGCAGUCCUUUCACGCGUGUUCAGAGAGUGUCCUGCUGCAUGUCUCUGCUGCUCUGCACCAUGGCCAUUAACAUCAUGUUCUGGAACCUUCCUGUUGAUGAAGAGUCUCCUGUCCUUCUAAAGAUAGGCUCUUUUGAACUGACAUGGCAGGAGUUCAUGGUAGCCAUAGAGAGCGGUCUUUUCAUGUUCCCCAUCAACAUCCUGAUCAUUACUAUCUUCAGACACAUCAAACCACGCAUUCUCCUGAACAAAGGGAAGGCUGGCACCUCCAAGAAAACAACACCGGCUGCUGCUGUUUCUAUGAACGCUAUCAUAAAGGAAACCGUAGGACUGUUAAAUAAUCUGAGCAAAAGCCCCAAAAACAUGCUGGCUGCCAAAGAGAUACGGCCUGAGACCAGUGGCGAUCUUUUCUGGGCCCUGAGUAAAGUGAAUGACGUCCUUCAGAUUAUGCAAGUGGAAAAUGUUGGUGAUCCUCACUGGUCGUACUGCAGCCGCUUUGUGUUCUAUUCACUGAGCCACAUUUCUAACCUGCUGGAGCAUGUGGGAGAAAAGGGCUUUUUCCUUAACGAGGAGCUUCGGCAGGCACGCGGGACAGUCAGUGUCCUGCUGAAGAAGGCUGAAAUGGCUACUCUCCAGCACGCUUCCCAAAGCCAACCAUCUGUGCAAGUGCAGAAGAAGAAACAGGGUUGGUGGUUGCCUUGGUGGUUUCUCUUUAUUGGUUGGUUCCUGCUUUUUGCCAUGAGUGGUAUUUCCACCUUCUUUACCCUGCUUUAUGGCUUCCAGUAUGGAAGGGAAUCUUCCAUACAGUGGGUCAUCACUCUUACAUUAUCUCUCGUCCAAAGCAUCUUCAUCUUGCAGCCCCUUAAGGCCACAUUUGUUAGCAGUCACAUGCAGACGCUCUCUCACUAUGCCUGGCCUCUGAAAUCUCCUCUGGGUCUGUGUGUUUAUACUUCACAGAGAACGGGAGAGCUGGAGCUGUCCAAACUGCUCAUUAUCUAG